UAUAAUAAUAAAAAUGGAGAAGAGAUUUUACAAAACUUGUUCAAAACAUGCUUAUUAUUAAUAUAUUAAUAGAUUUGAUCCAAAAUUAUUGGCUACAUAUUAGACUGGAUAUUAUCAUGGACUAGGAAGAUAGUAAAUUUAAUAUUAAAAAUAAAAGGGGAUUAUUCAAAACAUUAGUAUUGAGAUAAGCAGGUGAUAGCAUUGGAAUGGAAGAGGAUCACAGUUAUACAUAUAAAAUGCAUGUGAUUGCUAUGAAUUUAAUGUAUAGAAGUGGUUGGGUGUUAUUUGCUUACAUUAUAAUAUGGAAUACAUUUUUAUUAGGAGAUCCUUGUUAAGUAUUUAAAUAAUAUUUAAUACAUAAUAGGUAUUUAAUACAUCAUAUUGGGAUUUGGCUUGUAAACCAUCAGGAGAUAUGGAUUAUAAUACAAGAUAUGAAAUGUUGUAUGUUUAAGACAGAGUGUUAAGAUUCUGA